AUGUCGUCUUCAUUGGCGAUAGGAACCUCCUUCAUCAUCACCAAAAAAGGACUGAUGGCUUCCUCGGCACACUCUUCCGAUCCGAGCGACUCCUACGCCUACCUGAGAACCCCGGUAUGGUGGGCUGGUAUCAUCACUAUGGCUGUGGGUGAGAUUGCCAAUUUUGCAGCAUACACAUUUGCCCCUGCCGUUCUCGUCACGCCGCUAGGAGCGCUUUCGGUGAUCAUUGGAGCUGUUCUGGCGUCCUUCUUCCUCAACGAGAGGCUCGGUUUUCUUGGAUCUGUGGGCUGUGCUAUUUGCUUGGUUGGAUCUCUGAUGAUCGUACUCCAUGCACCAGCCGAUAAAGACGUACAGACUGUGGACGAGAUUCUCAAUUACGCGGUUCAACCGGGGUUUCUGGUCUACGUGUGUAUGGUGGCAAUAUUUGCAGUCUUCAUGAUCUACCGAGUAGCGCCACGGCUGGGAAGAACCAACCCGAUGAUCUACAUCUCAAUCUGCUCGUCUGUGGGCUCCAUAUCUGUUAUGAGCAUCAAGGCCUUUGGAAUCGCCCUCAAGCUGUCUCUAGAAGGAAACAACCAGUUCACACACCCCUCGACAUACCUGUUUCUAUUGGUAGUGGCCAUCUGCAUCGUCACCCAGAUGAAUUACUUCAACAAGGCUCUCGAUCAGUUUGACACUAACAUCGUUAACCCGCUCUAUUACGUCACAUUCACCACAUGCACUCUAGCAGCUUCGUUCAUUCUCUUCCAGGGCUUCAAUACAAGUUCACGAGUUGAUUCAUUCUGGUUAAUAGCAGGUUUUCUCAUCAUAUUUGCAGGUGUUUAUCUCUUGAACGUGUCUAAACAAAACAAUAUUACAUCGUCGCAAGACCAGAGAUCUACUGAUGAGGAGUCGGUGGCAAUGACACUAUUGAACCAUCAAGAUGAAGAUGAUGGAUUUGAUGUUGACGAUGACGAUACUGAAAUUCUGAGAAACUAUUAG